CGAAUACGUAGCCAGGUGUUCCGGUUUCCACUGGGGUAACAGGGUAGUCCCCCGCCCCCAGCGCGAAAGGACAGAGAGGCAGAGAAAGGGGGGAGGGACAUAAAGCUGUAGCAAGAUUCCGAACGAUACUGCUGUUCCGCUUAGAACUCUGUACGCGAAAUCGUUCUGGCAGCCAAAAGUGUAGUUUCCGUUUCGCUAUUUUUCAGCUAAGGAGUUUUAUUGCACCACCGUUUGCUGAGAAUUGCACGUAGAAAAUAUCUGGCUGCUGGACAAUCAUCUGAGAGGGAUAAAAAUGGUGAUCAAAGUUUACAUAGCAUCCUCCUCCGGAUCUACUUUGAUUAAGAAGCAGCAACAGGACGUCAUGGGUUUCCUUGCGGCCAACAAAAUAGAAUUUGAGGAGUGUGACAUCGCAGCCAAUGAGGAGAACCGAAAGUGGAUGCGGGAGAAUGUUCCAGAAAACUCCCGGCCUACCACGGGAAAUCCCCUCCCUCCACAGAUCUUUAAUGAGGAGCGAUAUUGUGGGAAUUACGAGGCCUUUUUUGAUGCUAGAGAAGACAAUGCUGUGUAUGCAUUCUUAGGGCUGACUGCCCCACCAGGAUCAAAGGAAGCAGAAGCCCAGGCCAAAGCGGAACAGCAGUAGUAAAUGAGUGCCUUGCCCGUUCCUCAGCGCCCUCUUCCUUCAGCCUUCAGUACUGCGGCUCAUCACCAGUGCUUCCUGGAAGAGCACUCAGAAGCUUGAUCUAGUCACAGACCAAAACAUUCGCAUUGCAUCCUUCAUUUGAAUACCCAUUUUCUCUGACCUUUGGAUAUUUGCCAUCAUAGUCAUUAAAUGAAUGAUUAACAAUGCCUUUUUAGAGUUUGAAGAACAGUAGUAUCCUAAGACAAGGGUUGGCAACACUUAAGCUGCCAAUUUAUCAUAAUGCUGUUGAGUCCCUUUUUGUGCCAUGACUUUUAAAACAGACAGACUUUUCUGUCAGCAUAGAGGUUGCCAUAUAGUGUGAUAUAUUUGGAGAAAGGUUUGUUUUGAGAUGCUUCCCCUUUGCCAUUCAUACCCCUUUUUUGAAGUCAUUGCAAAUAACAUUUGCAAUAACAUGCUUUUAUAAUGUAACUAGUUUGAUACAGAGGAGUAUUGAUUGCACUGCAAGAAUUUUUGACAAAUAUAUAUAAUGAAGGGUACCAAUGCAUUUUGUCUGAGACAAGAAGUCUGUAAAUCUUAAUAUUUGUCUUAAUAUGCUUCCUUUCUCCUUUAUUUUUUUUUAUUAUUUUGCACAUUUUUCCCAUGAAUUAACAAGCACAAAAAAGGAAGGUAACAUGCCAAAAAUACAUUAUUUUAAAGGAUGCAGGGACAUGAAAAUAUCUAUUGCUUUGUUACUGUAUACAUUGUUGAUUGUAUCUUAGAUUAUGAGAAAAAUAUAUUUUGGUAUACACUCUAGCACUGUUGCGUCAAAGCCUUUUUAAUGGCUGUUUACUAAUAUAUCCAGUUACACUGGAAUUGCUGUUAUGGUCUCAUCCCUUGGACAUAAUAAAGGUAGAAAAUUGGGUAAUAAAAUGCACGUCCUAACCAUGCAUAACAUUUGAGCAUCUGUGCAAUGCUUUGAGUAUUUGAUGGGAAAUGUUCUGAUGGUUAUAAAAUAACACCUUCGUCCCAGGGCGCUAAUGGGUUUUUUUGCAGGGAUUUUGCAGUAGCUUUAAUAUAUGAUAUCAACACUGUUUCCCCACCUCUGCAUGUUGGCAGUAAACUGAUUUUUUUUCUUCAAGAAAUGAAGAUACAAUUGAUUCUAAUAGUUUGUGGGUCUAGAGGAAUACAUUAGUCCAUAUUUGCGACAAUAUUG